UGGCCGUUCUGUGACUAGCAGCAACACCAACACUGGAGAGAUUUUUUUUUUUUAUUUACUCGUGCAUCAUUUUUCCAACGAGUAAUAAAAUAAUAACAAAUAUCAAUUAUGUUUAUCAGUUAAUAAUCAAUCCAACCUUACAACAACAGUGCAACAAAUUUUUUAUAAAAAAUAAAAAAAAACAUUCAACAAUAAUUUACAACCAAAAAAAAAAAUACAAUUCACCUCGUGAGUUUGCGCGAGUCAUAAAGAAAAAGAAAAAAAAAAAAAUCUCUUUCUAAGCAUUGAGCAAAGGAACACACACACAAUUCAUCGAACUCUAAAAAAAAAAAAAGAGUAAAAAAUAAAAAAAAAAACAUAUAUUGUUUAAAAUAAAAAAAAAAAAAAAAUUAUUUCCAAGUGCAUACGUGACGCGAGUUUGAUACACUUGUGUAAUUUUAUUAUUAUAAUUAUAUAUUUUACAAAUAAAUGUGAACAAUUUAAAUGUGUGCGAAUGUGUAGUUUUUCCAAGGGUUUAAUAAUUGAGUAAUUAAUAAAAUACAAAUAAAAAAAUUUACUCGAUUUAUUAUUUAUUUAAAAAAAAAAAAAAAAAAAAAAUUUUUAUUAAAAACCAUGGCAGCUGUACGGGAACAUAAUGGCGAAUUAAUGCCCGAGUGAGAGGGCACUAAAAAAAGAGAAAAAAAAAUAUAUAAUUUUUGUUUUUAUAUAAAAAUUAAUUAUAACAUUGUGAAAAAAAUUAUUGACAAUUUAAAUUAAUCAAAAAGCCAAUAGAUAUUAUAUUAUUUUUAUUUAUUUUAUUUUUGUUUUUCUUAUUAUUGUAAAAUUAAAAACAGUGAUUGUAUUUUAUGAUGGUGUGAAGAUACAUAUGUAAAAUAUUUAUGUGUGUGUGUGUAUGUGUGUUUGGUAUUGAGAUUAAAAUUUAGUGUAGAUUGAGGAGAAGGACACAACAAAGAGGUGAAUCCAUCUGUAAAUUUUAUUUAAAAAAAAAAAUAUAAAUAAUUUUAAAAAAUAAAUACGUAUGCCCAACGAAGAAGAUCAACGUCGAACUUUUCGAGAUCUUCGUGCUGCGUAGCACGUUUGGCGUCGUCCUCAUCGUCAUCGUGCUUUCAUAUCCACGUUUUUUUUUUUUUUUUUUAAUAAUUUAAUUUACCUGGAAAAAAAUAACUCACAUUUUGUUUAAGUAUUAUUUGGAUAUUGGAUUGUAAAUGAAGACAACAAGAAAUUUUAUUUUUAUUUUUUAAAUAUUGAACUAUUGUGUCAUGGUGUCGAAAAUUAAUAAUAAAAUUAAUUAUUAUUAAUAAGUAAAUAUAAUUUAUAAAUUUGAUAAUUGAUUUAUAAUAAAAUUAUAAUAAUGGGAGAAAAAUCAAGUGCUGAUUUUGAAUUUGGUAUACCACCAGAAGCACCAGUAUUUGAACCAACACCUGAAGAAUUUCUUGAUCCACUUGGAUAUAUUGCUAAAAUACGUCCAAUUGCUGAAAAAUCAGGAAUAUGCAAAAUUAAACCACCGCCUAAUUGGCAGCCACCAUUUGCAGUUGAUGUUGAUAAAUUUAAAUUUACACCUCGAAUACAAAGAUUAAAUGAAUUGGAAGCAAAAACACGUAUUAAAUUAAAUUUUUUAGAUCAAAUUGCUAAAUUUUGGGAACUUCAAGGUUCAUCAUUAAAAAUACCAUUAGUUGAAAGAAAAGCACUUGAUCUUUAUUCACUUCAUAAAAUUGUAACAGAUGAAGGUGGUAUUGAGACAGUUACACGUGAACGUAGAUGGGCUAAAAUUGCAAAUAAAUUGGGUUAUCCAUCAGGCAGAAGUGUUGGAAGUAUUUUAAAAAAUCAUUAUGAAAGAAUUUUAUAUCCAUUUGAUGUAUUCAAACAGGGUAAAACACUUAGUGAUAUUAAAAUUGAACCAGACAAUGAAGUUAAUGAAAAAAAAGAUCGUGAUUAUAAACCACAUGGUAUAAUAUCACGUCAACAAAUAAAACCACCAACAGCAAAAUUUUCACGUCGUUCAAAAAGAUUUAAUGGUGAUGAUAAUAAAGAUAUACAAUUAAAACAAGAAGAUUGUAAAGAUGAUUGUGAUUCUGAUUCUGAUAUUAAAGAUGUUAAAAAUGAAACAGACGAAGAACGUGACAGUAAAGAAUUAAAAAAAUUACAAUUUUAUGGAGCUGGUCCAAAAAUGGCUGGUUUUAAUACCAAAGAUAAUAAUAAAAAAUUAAAUAUCAAUAAUAAUAACAACAACAACAAUAAUAAUAAUAGUAGUAAUAAUAGUAAUAAUAAAACACGUGGUGUUAAACAUACAUAUGAUUAUGAUCCAUUGGCAAAAUAUAUAUGUCAUAAUUGUGGACGUGGUGAUAUGGAAGAGAGUAUGUUACUUUGUGAUGGUUGUGAUGAUAGUUAUCAUACAUUUUGUUUAUUACCACCAUUAUCUGAAAUACCAAAAGGUGAUUGGAGAUGUCCAAAAUGUGUUGCUGAAGAAGUAUCAAAACCAAUGGAAGCAUUUGGAUUUGAACAAGCACAACGUGAAUAUACAUUACAACAAUUUGGUGAAAUGGCUGAUCAAUUUAAAAGUGAUUAUUUUAAUAUGCCAGUACAUAUGGUACCAACAACACUAGUUGAAAAAGAAUUUUGGCGUAUUGUAUCAUCAAUUGAUGAAGAUGUUACUGUUGAAUAUGGUGCUGAUUUACAUACAAUGGAUCAUGGUUCUGGUUUUCCAACAAAAACAAGUGUUAAUUUAUUUACAUGUGAUCAAGAAUAUGCUGAAUCAGCAUGGAAUCUUAAUAAUUUACCAGUAUUACAUGGUAGUGUACUUGGACAUAUUAAUGCUGAUAUUAGUGGUAUGAAAGUACCAUGGAUGUAUGUUGGUAUGUGUUUUGCAACAUUUUGUUGGCAUAAUGAAGAUCAUUGGAGUUAUUCAAUUAAUUAUUUACAUUGGGGUGAACCAAAAACUUGGUAUGGUGUACCUGGUUCUGAAGCUGAAAAAUUUGAACAUUCAAUGAAAUCAGCAGCACCAGAAUUAUUUCAUAGUCAACCUGAUUUAUUACAUCAACUUGUUACAAUUAUGAAUCCAACAAUAUUAACAAAUGAAGGUGUACCAGUUUAUCGUACUGAUCAACAUGCUGGUGAAUUUGUUGUUACAUUUCCUCGUGCAUAUCAUGCUGGUUUUAAUCAAGGCUAUAAUUUUGCUGAAGCUGUUAAUUUUGCUCCAGCUGAUUGGCUUAAAAUUGGAAGAGAUUGCAUAUCACAUUAUUCAAAUUUACGUAGAUUUUGUGUAUUUUCACAUGAUGAAUUAGUUUGUAAAAUGUCACUUGAUCCAGACUCAUUGGAUAUUGGUGUUGCAACAGCAACAUAUCAAGACAUGUUGACAAUGGUUGAAAAUGAAAAAAAAUUACGUAAAAAUCUUCUUGAAUGGGGUGUUACCGAGGCUGAACGUGAAGCAUUUGAACUAUUACCAGAUGAUGAACGACAGUGUGAGACAUGUAAAACAACUUGUUUUUUAAGUGCUGUGACCUGUUCAUGUCAUAGUUCUCAACUUGUUUGUCUACGUCAUUAUAGUGAUCUUUGUAGUUGUUCACCAGAUAAACAUACAUUACGUUAUCGUUAUACACUUGAUGAAUUACCAAUCAUGUUACAAAAAUUAAAAUUAAAAGCUGAAUCAUUUGAUUCAUGGGUUAGUAAAGUUAAAGAAGCCAUUGAACCAGAUGGUGAAAAAAUUGAAUUAAGUGAUUUAAAAGAACUACUAAAUGAAGCUGAAAAUAAAAAAUUUCCUGACAGUGAAUUAUUAACAGCUCUAACAACAGCUGUACAAGAUGCUGAAAAAUGUGCAAGUGUUGCACAACAAUUAUUAAAUAGUAAACAACGUACAAGAACAAGACAAUCAGUUGAUACAAAGUACAAAUUAACUGUUGAAGAAUUAACAUUAUUUUAUAAAGAAAUAAAAAAUUUAUGCUGUGAAUUAAAAGAAUCAGAUGGUGUUAAAUAUAUACUUGAUCAAGUUAUUAAAUUUAAAAAAGAUGCUGAAGAUUUUAAUAAUGAAAAUGAUGAUGAUGAUGAUGAAGACUGUGAUUAUGAUAAAUUGGAAAAAUGUAUUGAUUUUGGUGAUUCAAUAUGUAUUGAAUUACCACAAUUAGUACGUCUUAAACAAAAAUUAUGUCAACUACAAUGGCUUGAUGAAGUAAAAUUAAUUUUAGAUGAUAAAAAACAAUUAACACGUGAAAAUAUAAUUAAAUUAAUAAAUAAAGGUUUAACAAUACCACCAUAUUAUAAUGUUGAUAAAAUGUUAACAAAAUUACAAAAGUUAAAAAAUGAUAUUGAUAAUUGGGAAAAUAAAGCAAAUAAUUAUUUACAAGAUAAAAAAAUUCAUAAUAUUAUUGAAAUUGAAGAAUUUAUAAAUGAAGCUAAAAAAAUUGAUGCAAUAUUACCAAGUUUUGAUACAUUAAAUGAUAUAUUAAUAAAAUCUAAAAAUUGGAUAAAACAAAUUGAUGAAAUAAAUGCACGUGAUAAUCCACCAUAUUAUGAUACACUUGAUGAACUUGUUAAAAAAGGUACAAAUAUACCAUUACGUCUUGAUGGUUUAGCUGUACUUGAAUCAACAUUAACAGCAGCAAAAUCAUGGAAAGAACGUACAUCAAAAACAUUUUUACGUAAAAAUGCACAUUGUACAUUAAUGGAAGCAUUAUCACCACGUAUUGGUGUUGGUGUACAACCAUUAAAAUUUAAAAAAAAUCAUCAUAAAUUUGAUGAUAAUUCAAUUAAUUCUGUAUUUGUAUGUGAUACAAAAUUAGAUGAUUCAAGUGAUUCAGCAAAUGUUGUUGCUGCAUUUAAACUUGCUGAACAACGUGAAAUGGAAGCUAUGAAAAAUUUACGUGAUAGAAAUAUGUCAAAAAUUGAUAAUGAAGAUUCAAGAUAUUGUGUUUGUCGUAGACCAAGAUUUGGUAUGAUGUUUCAAUGUGAAUUAUGUAAAGAUUGGUUUCAUUCAAAUUGUAUACCACUACCAAAAACAUUAAAUAAACAUAAAAAUUUAACAAAUACAUUAUCACCAUCAUCAUCACCAUCCUCGUCAUCAUCAUCAUCGUCGUCGUCAUCAUCACCACCAACAGCAACAAACACAACUACCACAUCACCACCAUCAUUAACAGCAGCAACAACACUAUCACCAUCAUUAGUAGCACCAAAAGAAACAAAAUUUUUAUGUCCAUGUUGUUUAAGAUCAAGAAGACCAAAAUUAGAAACAAUAUUAAAACUAUUGGUUAGUUUACAAAAAAUACCAAUAAGAUUACCAGAAGGUGAAGCAUUACAAUGUUUAACUGAACGUGCUAUGAAUUGGCAAGAUCGUGCAAGACAAGCAUUAUUAGAUGAAGAAAUAGUUACAGUACAAUCAAAAUUAUCAGCAUUAUUACAAAAAUCAGUUGAUACUUCAACUGUUAAAGAUAAAACAGAUAAAAUAAUUAAUAAUGAAUUAAAAAAAGUUACAAAUAAUACAGAGUUAAAUAAUCAACAACGUUUAUCAUCAUCAUCGUCAUCAUCAUCAUUUAAUAAAACAGAUGAUAAUAUAUUAAGUAGUGUUGAUGAAGAUGAUGAGGAUGAUGAAGAAGACGAUGAAGAUGAUGACAAUGAUGCUGAUGCUGAUGAAGAUGAAGACGAUGAUGAUGAUGGUCAUACACCAAGAAGAACAUCAUCAAAUAAAUUUAACAAUAGUGAACAUGCAUAUUCAUAUUCAUCAAAGCUACAUCGUAAAAUAAUUGGACAAAAUAAUGAUAGACUUGUUGAAUUAUCAGAAAAUGCUAGAGAAAAUUUAAUAGAAUUAAUGAUGGAAGGUGAUUUAUUAGAAGUAUCACUUGAAGAAACAUCAAAAAUAUGGAGAAUAUUAACUGAUACUAAUCGCCCAAGUAUUAAAAAAUAUUCAUUUAGUAAUAAACAUGAUAAUUUAAAUAGUGAUAAUAAAGAUAUUAAAAAACGUGGAAGAAAAAGAAAAUCCGAAGAAUUUGAAUUAUUAAAAAAAAUUGGUAGACAAAAGAUUGAUGAUAAAACAACAACAACAACAACAUCAUCAUCAUCAACAACGACAACACCAACAACAUCACCAAUUAUUAAAAAAAAAGGUUUUAAUAAUAAAGAUAUUAAAGAUAAAAAAAUUAUUCCAUCAACUGGUGCACUUAAACGAGGUCCAAGAAAGAUUAAAAGAAAAGAUGGUGAAGAAUUACCAAAAAAAAAAGGAGGUAAUAGAAAAAAAACAAAACAAGAUACAUCUGAUGAAGAAGAUGACUGUGCAGCUAAUGAUUGUCUUCGACCAAGUGGUCGAGAAGUUGACUGGGUCCAGUGUGAUGGAGGAUGUAAUGGAUGGUUUCAUAUGCAUUGUGUUGGACUUGAUAAAACUGAACUUGCUGAGGAGGAUGAUUAUAUUUGCCGUCAUUGCAAAGAUGCUGAUCAAAAUGCGUCACCGGGAUACGACACCGAGGACAACGACCUGGACAUUGAAGUAGGACUUGAGAAGACCUACUAGUGCCACUGUAUCAUCACACUCAAGGCUUCUUCAUGAUAACCCUCGACAAAUAUAUUUAAUAAUUAUAAAAUUUAACAUUAAUUAAUAAUUAUUUUUUGUCUUUUACAAUGCAUAUCCCAGAAUAAAUUAAUUAAUUCAAUUUAAACACAAAAAAAAAUUAUAAUUACAUGACCAAUUGAUAUAUCAAAAAUCAAGACAAAAUUUUUAGUUUUUACAACUACACUGGGAUAUGUAGCUAAAAGACAAUUAUUUAUUUUUUUUUUUUUUCAAUUAUUGUAAUGUGUUUAUAGAUAGACUGAGAUAAAUAUUAUUAUUAUUAAUAAUUGAUAUAAAAUAAAUAUUUAAAAUAGAUUAUUAAGUGAUGUUAAAAAGAGCUUUUUAUCAAAGCAUUAAAUAAUCGACAUCCAUAUCUUUUUUAAUAUUAUUUUCACUUCCAAAAUGAAGAAAAAAUAUUUCCAAUUUAGAGUCGAUUUAUUAGUUAUAUAUUUCAAACGGUAUUAUAAUAGUUUUUGUAAUUAAUUAUUUUUUAAUUUACAUAAUGUAUGUCAUUUAAUUAUUUUUUCAAAUAUAUAUUUACAUAUUUUUUUAUUAUUUAUAAAAAAAAUUCAUUUAAUUAUAUUAAUUGGAUUUUUUUUUCUUUUUUUUGUAAAUAACAAGUUAAUUAUUAGUAAUGUAAUCAAGUUUUUUUUUGGUUUUUCUUUAUUUGUUCAAUUUAUAAUUGAAAAAAGAUAUUUUUAAAAAAAUUUUUUUCUCAAUAUUGAGGGAUCGAAGUGAAUUGUAUAAAAUGGAAAAUUUAUAAUUAUAUAUAAAAUAAUAAAAUUGAAAAAAAAAGAAAAAAGAUAUUACGAAAAAUAAAUAAUGAAAGAUAUUAUCAAUGAUUGUAAUUUCCUUGAAUUUUUAAGCAAAAAAAUAUAAAAAAAAAUUUAAAAAAAAAAGAA